CUGGCGGGGAGCGCGGACGGGGAGCGCGCACGAUGCCCGCGCACUGCCAGCAGAGCCCGGUGCUGGCCGGCAGCGCCGCGUUGGCGGCCUUGGGGGCGCUGGUGCUGUACGUGAGGGAGCCCUCCUGCUAUGGGAAGUACACGGGGAGCCUGGCCGCGGCUCCCCACCUGCCCGCAGGCGCCGCCUGGUUCCUGCAGGAGCUGCCCUCCUUGGCACUCCCUGUGGCGAUGCUCGCCAGGCAGUCCCGCGCCCUCUUGGGUCCGCCUGCGACGGUGCUUCUGGGCCUCUUUUGCGCACAUUACUUCCACAGGACAUUGGUUUACCCCUUCCUCAUGAGAGGGAGGCCUUUUCCAGUCGCGGUGCUUUUCAGAGGCUUUGUCUUCUGUACGGGAAACGGACUCCUGCAAGGCUACUACCUGACUUACUGCACUGAGUACCCUGCCGAUUGGUACACAGACAUACGGUUUAUCCUGGGUGUUUGCUUAUUUGUUUUGGGAAUGGGAAUCAACAUUCAUAGUGACUAUCUAUUGCGCCAGCUCAGGAAGCCUGGAGAAGUCAUCUAUAAGAUUCCACAAGGGGGCUUGUUCACGUACGUUUCUGGAGCCAAUUUCCUUGGUGAGAUCGUCGAAUGGAUCGGCUAUGCCCUGGCCACCUGGUCCGUCCCGGCACUUGCAUUUGCAUUUUUCUCACUUUGUUUCCUUGGGCUGCGAGCUUUUCACCAUCAUAGGUUCUACCUCAAGAUCUUUGAGGACUACCCCAAAUUUCGGAAAGCCCUCAUUCCAUUUAUCUUUUAAAGAAACCAAAUUUAAAAAGGAACAAAACUCCCACAAUGUUGUUGAAAAUCACUGUAACCUUUAAGGUUCACAUAUCUAUGAUGUAAUAGUUCGUAUAUACAUGAUAUACGCAAUGGUAGGCCUUCUGUGCUCUUUCAGCUGGCCUGGAGAGUCUGCAUGAUACUCCCCCCCCCCCCCCCCCCCCCGCCCAGGGCUCUUGAUCCUGAUCUCAUGUUGAAGCUUCAACCAUGCCCUUGGCUAUUCCUCCUAGAAAGUGCAAGGCUUCCCCAUGUGUGUUUCUUUGUGUGACCCAAGUUCAUGUGGCUUUAUACCUGCUCUACAUCAAUGUCAGAAAGCUCUGCAGUCAAGAAAGUUUUGCGUAGAGGGUAGUGUUUAUAGACUUAAUUAAAGAUGCAUGUUCUACACCUGUAUGAAUAAGGAGAGAUUUAAAUUCUGAAGCUGCACAGCCCCCGAGCAAAUCUACCGCCAAAUGAAAACUGAGUCACGUCUUCCUUUUCCUUAGAUAAUUAGGAAAGAUGUGAGAUGGCGAGGCAGCCUUUUAACAGAGGAGCCCUCUCUUCCCAUUGCUGUGAAUGCAACCAUCCCUUGACCCCAUUUCAAAUGUUUGCAGUGUCUUAGGGCCUCUGUCUUCCUGAGGAUUUCAUUCCCUCGGUUAGAGGCAUCAGAGCCUAACGCAGAGAACUGGUUUUCCUGAUGGUUUCAGUGACACAAAGAAAAAGACACAGCAGUGGAUGGCUCCUGAGAGAGUGCAGAAGAGUUUUAGAGUGGCUCCUGCAAACUCUCCUAUCCUUGGAAACCGGUGGAAAUAUCCAAAUAAUGAGCGGGCGUCAAGUAAGGAGACGACGAAGGACAGAUGCUGCUUGCCUCAACGAGGUGUCCACAGUGACAGUGAAGCAAAUCGGAAGAACCCAGCAACACUCAUCUCUGGGUUUCUCCCCCACAGCUCCAGGACCUGAGCUAGAAGGUGCAUCUUGAACAUCAGCUCUCAAAGGAGCCCAGAACAGAAGCCAAGAGCUGCAACCAGAAAGAGGAAUCAGGGCAGAAAGCCUGUUUGAUUCUUUUUGCGGGGGGAGGGGUGGCAGGCGCAGACAGUAAUUUACAAGUAUCUUGAUUUUCUCUUUUUUACUUUCAAUGUUUCUAAAAUUUAAAAAUGAGGAGGUUUUUGCAUUCUAGUUUCUUUUUUUAUUCUUUUUUGGGGGGGCGGGGGGGAUGUUAAUCCUCACCAGAAGAUAUUUUUCCAUUGAUUUUUAGAGAGCAGAAGGGAAGGGGAGAGACAGAGAGACAGAGAAACAUCGAUGUGAGAGAGACACCAUUGAUUGGUUGCCUGCAACCAAGGUACGUGCCCUUGGCAAGAAUCGAACCCGAGACCAUUCAGUCCGCAGGCUGACGCUCUAUCCACUGACCCAAACCGGCUAGGGCCAUUCUAGUUUCUUUAAAAAGUUGGAGAACCUGAGCUCAUGGAGCCUGCUAAGAACAGGGACUAAUCAGCUAGUUUUCGCUAGAAUUGGCAACCUGUGUAGAGGGUCACCCAAGCCUGGGUGCUGAGACGAUGGGCUGUGGGAGGAAGGGCUGAAAACCUGUAAUGAGAAUGUAUGAAGGUACUUGUGUCCUCUGAUCUAGGUCUGGAGCAAGGAUUGGUAAAAUGGAGCAAGCUCUUUUGAGAAAUGAACACCAGUGUUACCAGAUGUGGUGCUAUGCAUAGAAAUUCACAUAAGACUCUUGGAUGAUUUGAGGAUGCUGCAGAUUACUGAAAAAUACAAAUUGUAAUCAUGUAAAUAAGUGUUUUUGCUGUUCAUUAAAUACCUCCUGAAUCAUGGAUGUUGAGUACUUUGUUUGAAUUAAAAGGCCGCUGGACUCAUGAAGAUUUUUAUAAGAUGUUGAGCUGUGGUUCCCCCCCCCCCC